CUUGGCAUCCCGCGCCUAUGUGAGCUGCCAGGAGCAUCUCAACAGCUUCCCAGUUACACAUCCGUGUUGUCAAUCGCUGUUUCGACUGCUGCCGAUUGAGUGUAAUCGGUGACGUCAAGCUACAAAGCUGAAACCAUGACACAACUGCCGGCGGAAGUCACUUCAAAAAGGCUCAUGAUGGCCGCGCUUUUGAGCAUUUGAAUCUCCCCCGCUUCCACAAGCCCACAUCCAAGCACUUUCUGCGCGGCCAGCUACCUUACUUAUUAUUUUCACCCACAGCACCGUAGUUGAGCUCCCUGCUCAACCGCCUCCGAAGAUGGGCUUCUUCAACCGCCACCCACGCGACGCCCCCAACGCGGCCCCCGCUGCCAACGGAGCCCACGCGAACCAUGCCAGGCGUGGCCUGGAGCCGUACUCGAUGGCCACGCGUCCUUCGUUUGGGCAAUGGCUCAAGGCGACAUGGCUCGACAUCUUGACCAUGGCUGCGCUCGGCGCCGUCGGACUCGGCGUGUACAACGCAGACCCGGCCCCGACUCGCUCGUUUGCCGUGCAGUUCCAGGACGGCGAGGUCGUCUACCCGGAGUUUGCGUACCCGAUGCGCAAGGAGAUCAUCCCCAUCUGGCUGGCCGCCUUCCUCGCAGCCAUGAUCCCCAUCGUCGUCAUCCUCUUCAUGCAGAUCCGCGUCCGCAGCUUCUGGGAUGUCAACAACGCCGUCAUCGGUCUGCUGUAUUCGCUCAUCACCGCCGCCGUGUUCCAAGUCUUCAUCAAGUGGCUGAUUGGCGGCCUGCGUCCGCACUUCCUAGCUGUCUGCAAGCCCGACAUCACGCGGGCGAGCAACGCCCCAGGGGUCGUCGGCGCCGGUCUGAACGCGCAGGGGUUCAAGGACAUUUACUACACGAGGGAGAUCUGCACCGGCGACCCGAACGAGAUCAACGACUCCCUGGAGAGCAUGCCCUCGGGACACGCGACAGCUGCCUUUGCCGGUUUCGUUUUCCUGUACCUCUACCUCAACGCCAAGCUCAAGGUGUUCUCCAACUACCACCCGGCCAUGUGGAAGCUGGUCGCCGUGUAUGCGCCCAUUCUCGGCGCCUGCCUGAUUGCCGGCGCGCUGACCAUCGACGAGUUCCACAACUGGUACGACCUCGUCGCUGGCGCGCUCAUCGGAACCGUCAUGGCCUUCUCUUCGUACCGCAUGGUCUAUGCUGCCAUCUGGGACUGGCGGUGGAACCACAUCCCGCUGAAUCGUCUGGCGCCGUUCCCUUACGGAGGGCCCGCAGAUUUGGAGGGCGCGACCUUCACCAGGCGUGCUGGCUGGGGAUACGGUGGCGGGCCAGCCGGAGCGCCCUCGGCGAAGAAUGGGUAUCCCGUUGGGUAUCAUAAUGGCGUGGGAGGUGGACAUCAUGUGCCGCCUGCGCCGUCGGCGCACACGCGGGCUGAUAAUAUGGUCUGAUGGGAGUUGACAUGAGUGAUGGUGGGGCCAUGUGAGCGGGGGAAGACUGAGGUGGCGGCUAGCAACUUAUCGGGAAGCAAUGCGAGGAUUCGGAGUGCAUGUGGUUUGUGGGUGGGCUUUGGCGCUUGGGGUUGGAACGCGGGGACUUACAGAUACCGUAUAACGUGAGCCUCAGUCGUGUCGACACGGCUUCUAUUAGCUUAAUCUGGUAAUGACAAUGUUCUUAAAUCAGUUGUUUACAGGACUGUGAUAUGUGCUCUGGAGAAACUGAACCGCCAACGUCCCUAAUUCUGUUGCCACGAUGCCAGGAGGGAGGAGGUUAAUCUAGG